AUGCUCCACUGCUUUGGGGUUUUUCUACCGAUUGUCAGAGGGAAGAAGGAUGUCUUAGAGGAGAUGUCGUACCGAUUCUGUCGAGAUCAAGCGGGACAGAAUAUCGUGUAUACGGAAGUCAGGUACAAUCCGCACAUCUUGAGUGAAGAAGGGUCAACUCUGCCGAAUCCGAGGAGCGUUAUAGAAGCCGUCGCGGCUGGUUUGAGACGGGGUAUGGAGGAGUUCGGCAUCAACGUGAAGCAGAUACUGUGCUGUAUGAACAGGAAUCCUGAGAUGAGCGCAGACAUCGCUGCCCUUGCAAUAGAAUUCAAAAGCUCGGGAGUAGUGGGGAUCGAUGUAGCAUCGGGUGAGCUGCACUUCAACAGAGCGGAUCUUCGAGAAGCCCACAUAAAAGCGUGUCGACGAACAAAAGCGGCGGGUCUCCAUGUGACGAUUCAUGCAGCUGAGGAUGGACCCGGGAGGAACUUCUGCUGUGCUGUGACUGAAUACUUAGCAGAAAGGAUCGGCCAUGGGUACCGAAUACACGACCAACCGCAUGUCGAUGAGAAGUUGUAUCAACAGGCCAAAAACUCAGGCGUGCACAUUGAGGCCUGUCCUACUUCUAGUAUCUGCACGGAGGCUGUCUGUCUACCCCAAGUGCAUCCAGAGAAGCCAAUUCUGGACAGUUUAGACUGGAACAGGCAUCCCAUCAAGAAGUUCAUCGAGGAUGGUCUUAGUGUCAGCAUCAGCACUGAUGGCGGUCCGGUCUUCUCCACCGAUCUCACGAGAGAACUGUCCAUCUUGGUGGAUCGUUUCCAUUUUGAUGCCCACAAAGUUGGAAGCAUGGUUACGAUCGCCGCCAUCGACCAUUGUUGGGCUGACGAUGAGGAAAAGGAGCGGUAUCGGAAAUUGGUAUAUGCUUACUAUGACGUUUGA